UCUCCAGUGCGCACGCCGGUAGGCCCGCCCCUCGCGCUGUACCACGCCCUCAAAGGCCCCGCCUCUGCUGCUUGAAUCCCACCCCUCUAUCUGCAGGACCCUGAGCCGUAAUGAUCCUGCAACAGCCCCUGGAGCGAGGUCCCCCAAGUCGGGACCCACGGGCCACCACUGGGGUAACUCGCGGCCUAAACGCCAGGGAACCUUUGCACAAGCAGUUCCUGUCUGAGGAGAACAUGGCCACCCAUUUCUCCCGACUCAGCCUACAUAAUGACCACCCCUACUGCAGCCCCCCUGUGACUUUUCCCGAAGCCCUGCCACCACUCAGGAGCCCUUGCCCAGAGCUGCUUCUCUGGCGCUAUCCCGGGAGCCUGAUUCCUGAAGCCCUCAGGCUGCUGAGGCUGGGGGAUACCCCCAGUCCCUACUACCCUGCAUCCCCAGCUGGGGAUAUCGUGGAGCUCUGAGUGUUGAUGGCCUGUGUCCCUCCCUAUCUUCUUCCUGACAACAAAGACCAGCAACUCCCAGAAAGGGAUGAAGUCCUUCUGCAAACCUGGCCACCAGGACCUUCCCUCUGACAGGAGGACACUAGCUCGGUGGAACCCUAGUGAAAGGCAGCCUGGGAAAGGGAAAAUGUUACCCCAUUAGUGAAUAAAGACCUGUGAGCAGUUGAA